CCCAGACCGGCCCCGCCCCCGCCUCGCGCACACCCGCCCGGCGGUCUCGGGCCCCACGGGCAGUGGGGCGACCCGAGCACAGCGUCAGGCCGCGCCGCCAUGGAGCUGGGGCUCUCUGGCCGCCGGGCGCUCGUCACGGGGGCAGGCAAAGGCAUAGGGCGCAGCACGGUGCAGGCGCUGCACGCGGCGGGUGUGGAGGUCGUGGCGGUGAGCCGGACCCAGGAUGAUCUGGACAGCCUGGUCCGCGAGUGCCCCCGGGUGAAGCCUGUGUGUGUGGACCUGGGUGACUGGGAAGCCACGGAGCAGACGCUGGGCGGCGUGGGCCCCGUGGACCUGCUGGUGAACAAUGCCGCUGUGGCGUUGCCGCAGCCCUUCCUGGAGGUCACCAAGGAGGCCUUCGACAGGUCCUUCAGCGUGAACCUGCGGUCUGUGUUCCAGGUGUCCCGGAUGGUGGCCCUAGGCAUGAUCGAACGCAGAGUGCCUGGCUCCAUUGUCAAUAUCUCCAGCAUAACAGCCUACGUCACCUUUCCCAACGUGGCCGUCUACAGCUCCACCAAGGGUGCGAUGACCAUGCUGACCAAAACUAUGGCCUUGGAGCUGGGGCCACACAAGGUGAAGAUGGGGUGCUGGAUCCGGGUGAACUCCGUGAACCCUACGUUUGUGCUGUCGACGGCCAUGAGCAAACCAAGCUUGAGCAACCCCGAGUUCCUCCGGAAGAUUAAGGAGCGGCACCCGAUGAAGAGGUUUGCAGAGAUGGAGGACGUGGUCAACAGCAUCCUGUUCCUGCUCAGCGACCGCAGCGCCUCCACCAGCGGCUCCAGCCUGCUAGUGGACGCCGGGUACCUGACUUCUUAGAGCAGCCUGGUAGUGCGGACUUCCCCGCGGUCCUCCGCGCCUCCGGGCCCCGCCUCCCCGCCGUGGCCCCGCCCCCGCCCACGAGGCCACGCCCCUGGCCACAUUUAUUAUCAGCAGCUGCGCCUCCUCGGCCCCGCCUCCCAACCUCUACUCCACCGCCCCGCAUCUGGCCCUGCUCCUCCGCCUGCCCUACCUCGCUGCCCCGACACUCCUCCCCUGCCCUACCUGGCUGCCCCGACACUCCUCCCUUGUUGCCCUCCACCACAGACUGUGACCUCGGCUGUACUGGGGUCGACUCGCCUAAAUAAAUAAACGGAGGCCAUG